AUGGGACCGCCUUCUUUGCUUUCGGAUCUUCCAUGUGAAUCUGGCCCGGUGGCGGUGAUCGAAAGUGGCCUAGCGACGGAGCUUGAACGCCACGUUUUUGCGUCGAUCAAGGAUCAACCUAAAUCGUGUGCUCUCGGUAGCACCAUGACACUACCUUCCCUUGCCUUUGUAUACCUUGAAGCUGGUGCAGAUAUAACAAUUACGGCGUCUUACCAGGCAACAAUCCAAGGAAUCCAGGCCAAAGAUUUUUCUCAAGAAGAAAGUGAAGACUUGCUCAGAAGAAGUGUCACAAAUGUAUGUGAGGCACGGCCGCACGGGAUGUAUACUACAGUAGAUGUAGAAAAUCCUCUUCUGAUCAUAUAG